AGCGUAUGACAGAAGGAUCUCUUUAUCUAUUCGCAAUCCAAAACUUUUUGUAUGAGAUCAUUUUUCAAAAUACUACCAUUGAAAUAAGAAAGUGAAGGUAUUGUAAUAUACAUAUAUAUAUAUAUAUAUAUAUAUAAAUUCAUGUUCACAUAUUUAAGUAUGAGAAAAAUUAAGUAAAAUAAAUUCUUAAGGUCGAUGGGACACCGGCUUUUACCGUUUUAGAGGAAACGGGGAGACGAGUGUUUUUCUGCCAAUCAUAUGAGGAGCUUAUGAAAUAAGAAAGUGAAGGUAUUGUAAUAUUUGUAUGGUAAUCUCAGUUUCCUCCAUAGCCAAAUGGAAGCCAUUUUAAAGCCUCUGUUAAGCUCAACCACUAUGCCAAAAACACCCAAACCAUCCUCAUUUUCUUCUUGUAAUAUGUCUAUCAUCAAUAAAGCUACAUUUUUACUACCACUAACUCCUCAUUUUACUACCACUUCUUUUUGUUUCUCUGCCCCUUCUCGUUUCACUUCUUCUGGUAAGUCAUUUCCAACUCUUUUGGCUAUAAACCAUUAAUAUGUUUCUUCAAGUUUCAGCUAAGAAAAAUUUGUGGGUUUCGUGUCAUUCAUGUUGUGUGUUAAUGGUUCUUGUCCAUUCUUUCCUUUCUUUUCCUAUUUCUAUAAUGGGUUUUUCUCUUUUGGCCUUAAAAAUUAUUUUUCCUAUAUGUUUCUUGGAUUUUCUGCUGAGUAAAUUUUGUGGGUUUCAUCAUGUCAUUCAUGCUGUAUUUGGAUUCUGUAAAAAAUUUUUCUUUUUGUCCUGGAUUGACUCAGUUAUAUAUGCUACUCCGGAGAGCCAAUUGAGUGAGGGCGUAGAAAGAACUACAAGAGAAUGGGUAAUGCAAGAUUUUUAUGCUCUAAGGAAGGAUGUUGAAACUGCCUCAGAACGUGUUGAGGAGAUUAGAGCAUCUGCUAGUCUGCAGCUUUUAGAAAAGGAACUUGUAGAUUUGGAAUCAAAGGCAGCCAAUAGCUCCUUUUGGGAUGAUCGUGCCAAAGCCCAAGAAACACUUUUGGCACUGACUGAUGUCAAAGAUAAGAUAAAUUUGCUCAAUGAAUUUAAAACCAAGGUUGAAGAUGCUGAAACUAUAGUUAAGCUAACAGAGGAGAUGGACUCCAUAGAUGCUGCACUUCUAGAAGAAGCUGUCAGCAUCAUCAAAGAACUAAACAAGGCAUUGGACCUAUUUGAGUUGACUCAACUUCUUUCUGGUCCAUAUGAUAAAGUAGGUGCAGUCAUCUCUAUAACUGCUGGUGCUGGAGGCACUGAUGCACAGGAUUGGGCUGAAAUGCUUCUCAGGAUGUACAUGAGAUGGGGAGAGAAACAGAAAUAUAAGUCAAGGGUGGUUGAAAAGUCCUUGGGAGAGGAAGCUGGGAUUAAGUCAGCCACAAUUGAAGUUGAAGGUAGAUAUGCUUAUGGUUAUCUGUCUGGAGAAAAAGGAACACAUCGUAUAGUACGGCAGUCUCCUUUCAAUGCCAAAGGUCUUCGUCAGACAAGCUUUUCUGGUGUUGAAGUCCUGCCUCUUCUCCCCGAAGAAUCAGUGGAUGUUGAAUUACCUGAGGAAGACCUUCAGAUUACCUUCUCAAGGGCAGGGGGGAAAGGAGGUCAGAAUGUGAACAAGGUUGAAACUGCUGUUCGGAUUACUCACAUCCCCACUGGUGUUACUGUUCGCUGCACAGAAGAGAGAUCCCAGCUAGCGAACAAGAUCAAGGCUCUUAGCCGUUUAAAAGCCAAGUUAUUGGUGAUAGCUGAGGAGCAACGUGCAUCUGAAAUUAAGCAAAUAAGAGGAGAUGCAGUAAAGGCAGAGUGGGGGCAGCAGAUACGUAACUAUGUAUUCCAUCCAUACAAACUGGUAAAAGAUGUACGGACAGGGUUUGAAACAUCAGAUAUUGCGUCAGUUAUGGAUGGUGAAUUGGAUGCCUUUAUCAAGGUUUACCUCAAAUAUAAAUACAGUAUGAAUGUGUCUGCAACAGGGGCUCAUUAACAGUUUAGUGAUCUAUGAUUAACUUCUAUAAUUUCCUUUUUGUGUUUAUAUAAACUCAAAAUCUUUGGAUCAAAUCAGGAAUA